AUGGUGUUAAUGUUGGUGAAAUUCGACCUGAAGAAGCGGGUAAAGCUCGCUCAGACGGUCUGGUUCAUGUACUGGUUCGCUGUGAUGGCCGGCGUGCUGGUCUUCAGCAUGGGCCUGUUCUUUAAGAUCGAGCUGCGAAAGCGCUCAGAACUUAUGGACAACAACGAGAGCCACUUCUUGCCCAACUUGCUCAUAUUUAUGGGCCUAAUAGCUUGCGGCAUCAACGCCUUGGGGGGCAAAGUCUGCUACGACUCCCUGGAUCCUACCAAGUUCGUAAAGUGGAAGCCGAUGUUGAAGAGCUUCUUGGUUUUCUGCGUGUGCUUUAACGGCCUGCUGCUCAUCACGGCACUGCUGUGCUUCCUGAUGAGGAUCCCGCUGCAGUUCACGCUGGCCGAGGGGCUGAGGAACGGCAUGAAGUACUACAAGGACACGGACACACCGGGACGCUGCUACAUGAAGAGGACCCUGGAUCUGAUGCAGAUGGAGUUUCGCUGCUGCGGGAACGACAACUUCAGAGAUUGGUUUGAGAUUCAGUGGGUUAGCAACCGCUACCUGGACUUCAGCGCAAAAGAAGUCAAAGACCGUAUUGGGAGCAACGUGGACGGCCAGUACCUGAUGGAUGGAGUCCCAUUCAGCUGCUGUAACCCCAGCUCCCCCCGACCCUGCAUCCAGUUCCAGAUGACCAACAACUCCGCCCACUACAGCUACGACCACUACACGGAGGAGCUCAACGUGUGGAAGCGCGGCUGCCGUGACGCCAUGCUGUCCUACUACGGAGGGAUGAUGAACACCAUCGGAGCACUGGUGGUGCUGGUCACGAUGCUGGAGGUUGCAGUGACCAUCGGCCUGCAGUACGUCGACAGCUCUCAGUCCACCCUGGCCAACCCGGAGGACCCCGAGAGCGAGAGCGAGGGCUGGAUCCUGGAGAAGACGGUGAAGGAGACGUUCACCGACAUCAUGGACAAAAUGAAGGCCAUGGGCAAAGGCAGCAAGGUGGAGGAGGGGGGCGAGGCAGCGGUCGCCACGGUGAGCUGAGCGAGCCCCUCCUGCAAAAACUGACACCAUUCCCACACCUGAAGAGGAAAGGACGGGGACGUGUGAGAUUACUGUUUUUCUACCAACAUUCGUCAUGUAGACACACACAUAUUUGGCUCUGAACGCCUUUUAAAUGGACCUUUCAAAUGGACUGUAAUCCUAAACUGUAUGUAUUCAAACAUAGAGAGAGGUGAUGUGUAGGGUGAGUUAUGUUAUGGUUUUAAAUUUGGUUUCUCCCCAACCAAACAAAUCCAUCUCAAACAAACGGUUUCUAACACUUGGUGCGGUUUGAAUUUUUUCAAAGUGACACGUGAAUAUAUUGAUAAAUUUCAGAUGAUUUCGCCGCCCAAUUUACAGCCCAAGAAAUGCAGUGUUUUA